UCCGGAAGUGACUUCCCCCUCAGCUGGAAUGCGGUGUCCGCUGCUGAUGGGAGGAUGUCUGCUCGCCAGCCCCGUUUCUCUCGGCGCUCCUGUAAAAUUAGCGAUCACUGCAGCAGGAGUCUCAGUGUUGGCGUGUGUGAGAGAGCGGGACGCACCUGGAAAACGAGGGAAAGUCACAAGGCGACGUUUAUAUAUAUUUUUACGGCACUUACUUCGACUGGUGGCAGAGAUGUCAGCUCUUCGCAAAAAGCUGGUGAUAGUUGGGGAUGGAGCCUGCGGAAAAACGUGCCUCCUCAUUGUUUUCAGUAAAGACCAGUUUCCCGAAGUCUACGUCCCCACAGUCUUCGAGAACUACAUCGCUGAUAUUGAAGUCGACGGAAAACAGGUGGAGCUGGCAUUGUGGGAUACUGCAGGCCAGGAAGACUAUGACCGGCUGCGACCUCUGUCCUACCCCGACACGGAUGUCAUCCUCAUGUGCUUCUCCAUCGACAGUCCAGACAGUUUAGAAAACAUCUCUGAGAAGUGGACGCCUGAGGUGAAACACUUCUGCCCUAACGUUCCCAUCAUCCUGGUGGGCAAUAAGAAGGACCUGCGGAACGAUGAAAACACACGGAGAGAGCUGGCCAAGAUGAAGCAGGAGCCGGUGAAAACGGAAGAGGGCAGAGACAUGGCUGGCAGGAUCAGUGCGUUUGGCUACUUGGAGUGCUCUGCCAAAACGAAGGAAGGCGUGCGAGAAGUCUUCGAGAUGGCGACUAGAGCAGCCCUGCAAGUCCGCAAACUCAGGAAGAGAGGCGGCUGCGCGCUGCUGUGAGCCGCUCAGCUCCACUACAACUCGAGCGACCGUCGGACGCCAAGCAAACACCGGAAAAGGACUGAGCUGUUACCAAAACGGAUCUUUGUACUGUAAAAUCGCCUUUUCCAGAAACAGGCAGGCGGUUGAAUGAAACGCAAACACGAAAAAGGACUUGUAUCAACUCUGCUUUAUAGCUAAUGUCUCAGCGCUUUUCUGAUUUGAUUUUUUUACCUGUUUUUCCAGUUAGUUUAGCUGUAAUGGAAGGUGUAGAUGUAACUCUCGAUCUUAAGUGAGCAGCCUCAUUCUUAGCUUCUGCCAAAACAUCCUGAUACUCUCGUGACCUCUGAUUCUGCCAAUAGAUGUCAUGAAAACAAAUGAUUCCCGGCAUAUUUUGAUUAUGAGUGCUCGUGCCUUUAUUAAGUGGAAAGCGGGAGACCUCACCUUUCCCCUCGACUUGGCCACACCCCCUCUUUAUAUCUGUUAAUUUGCUCAAUUGGAGGGGUAAUAAGGAGAGAAAGCUCAACUAUGCACAGUAUCUGUCUGGAACAAGAUGACUUACGGAAAGGACACGGAGGCCGAGGCCUGUUAGCUUUCAGCUAUUCAGGAAUGCUUCACUGGUUUGGCGAGUCAUGGAAAUAAUGUUCGCACGUCCCCGUCAGACGACAUUCUUUGCAUGUCUGAGAGGAGUUAAGAGAUGAUUGAGCGGUUUGUUUUUCCUCCCGAUGCCUUCCUCUGUUCUGGCAUGCCUUAGGCUGAUCCCUCCCAGACCAGACCGACCGGCUGACCUGAAGUUCGCCAAAGCGACUCCCUGACGUGUCGUUUGAAAGACCGUUGUUGGUUUGUUUUGUGUACGUCACGCGCGUUUGAUGUGGCGAUACUCAACGAAGGAGGAUAAUGCGCUUCCUUGUCAUUGCUGGGAACGCAAAACAUUUUUGUUGUGAUGGGAGUUCACCGUGAAGGCAGUCAGAUUUUCAGUUUAAGAUUAAAAAAAAAAAGUUUAAAAGUGCUUUUGGGGCCGUAUGAUAGUCCUCAGGCACUCCGUCUACUCGAUUGUUUCUUUGUGAUCACAUGCAGGCUGCAGGGUAAAAAGCACCCCUCUUUGUUGCAUCUUUCAGUUGUUCUUUAGUGGCAUUCAUACAAAAAAUGGUAAUUCAGAUAAAGAUCUUUUUUGGCACAAACCACACUUUUAAGAGGAAAAAUGUAUGCCCUUAAAACUUUGUUUAAAAACCUCAAACAAGCAUUUCUUUAGAACUAAAGUGAAGAUCUUCCAAAAAGCGUCCCAGCUGGAAGCACAGCACAAUGAUGAAAGCAUUCCUGUAGAGCAGUGGAGGGUCUACUAGUAAACAUAUCAUUAGGAGCAUGCUGCUUUUGUGCACACACAGCCUAAAUCAAAUGUUCUUACCAUGUUCCAUGCAUGUGUGUGUGUGUAACGCGUCUCUCACUGCAGCUUCUGUUCAACAUAGUCACUUUUCUGUGUUUCUGGAAGUUUUUGAGAUGCUAAAGGAUCCAGAUUUCUAUAAAGUCCAUUGUAUUGAUGCUUUGUUAUCAAGAAGUGGUGUUGAAUGUCUCAACCAAGCUGAAUAUUAAACUAUUUUUGAGA